CCGUUCAAAGCGAUGGCGCCGCUGCCUGUACUGCAGUGUCCGUCUUGUGCGGAGACCUAUAUAAACCCGACCGACCUGAUGUUUCACAUGGCAGCGCAUCGGCAACAAAUGCUUCAGUAUCAACAAAUGGCAAGCAGUGCUUCCGGCAUUGCCAGCAGUAGUGGUGGUAAUCCGACCAGAACGAUCGCGUCGAACAGUAAUUCCCGCAUUACUCGCCCCGGUAAUUCAGCACGAUCGCCGCAGGCCACUUGCAACUUGGCCUUUAUCCUAUCGAGUAUACAAAACAAAGAUGGCUUGACGGAUUUGAUCAUCAGAGUACCAUCAUAA